GCUGGUGCGGCCCAGCCUCAGGAUGUCGUGGACGCAGCUCUACUGCUGGAAUCAUUGGCCAGCGGGUCUGCGGACGAGACAUCCUUGGCUACGCCUGGCGCUGCUGGGGGACAUCGGAGUGACUUUGGGGAAUUCAUAGAAAGAUUUCCAGUUUCGCUGGAGGGUCUCCCGCCAUGUAAAAAUGGAUGGAAUACGGUUUUCCAGAAGACCGUGUCUUUUACAAGAAAUGGAGGGCCUCCCAGUACACCAAGAGAUUGAAACAUCUGCUGUCAUACUUCACACUCCGCAAACCGUCUGCAGCAAAGGUGGCACGUCGUAUCUCACAGGAGGGCUGGACGGUGAACUGCCUGAAGCCGGAGAAGAUUAUGCUGCUGUGGAAACCAGCCCCAAAACAAAAAGUGGAAGAAGACGGCUUUGUAAUUCAGUGCGUGUCCCAGCAGAACUGGAUGGGGCUUGCCAUCAAGGACUUUGGUGCAGAGCAAGGUCUAGGAGUCGUCACAACCCGACGGUUUUACAAAAACGACAUAGUCUGUGAUUACCAUGGGAAGGUAAUCACAGCGGCUGAAGGGAGGGCCAUGGUGCAGAGCCAGCACGACGAGCCUGGAUAUGUAUUCUUUUUCAAAGCUGGACAAAGAGAACUAUGUGUAGAUGCACAGACUUUUCCAUGCGAGUGCCACCCUCAUGCAAACACGUUUGGCAGAAGAAUCAAUCAUUCUUGCAAGAUGCCAAACCUCAAACCGUUCCAUUGUAGCAUGAAAAUUAAUGGGGAAGACAAGGACAUAAUCUUAUUUAAAGCACUGAAUGACAUCAGUGUUGGCACCCAGCUCAAAUUCGACUAG